AACGAGUGUGGGAUUAGCAGCACGGCUGAGGAACGUAGAUGAGACAUUAGUGAGAGGAGCCCUAUGCAGGAGGCUGUGGGCAAGAACUUCCAGUGAGAUCGGUUGCUUGCGUCCCCUUGGCUCAACAACACAACAUUUCGGCAAUGAAAAAAACAGUCCUUGCCUUAUGCGAGUGUCUAAACCGUAAUACUAGAAGGUGAGUUGUAUAGUUGUGGACGAUUAAACACUUUCCUGGUGAUUUAAGAAAACUCAAAGAUCUCUGUGGUCAAAAUCGGCACGAGAAGGGUAACUUAAGACUGAGUUGGAGCAGCAGGGAGGAGAGGAGACAUCUGAAUAAAAGCAUUCUUUUGAAGUUUUGGUGCCAAAUUGAAAAUCACAAUGAUGGAGAAAAAGGACUUCCAAGCCGAGACAAAUGCUCUGGGUUUGAUUUCUGAUCACGUAGAAUGUAAUACAAAUGAAACGAGUGAUGUGCCAUUAACUGACAUGUCUGGAGACAUCAUUCUUCCAUCAAAAAACCAUGGUCUCUCAGACGUAACAACGUGCAGAGUUGAUGCUGAAGAAUCUGAAAACACCCCGAAAGGGGUAGGGAAAGCCAUAAGGAAAAAUGCGAGCGCGGAUAGCACCCCCACACACGAGGCUACACCUGAGGAAGCAAUCACCGACGAGCCUCGCUUGUCAACCAUUGAGUUGGACGCGCGAGCGAACAAAGACUUCAAAAAAUGCAAACACGACGCAACGGAGCGCGGCUUGCAGGGAACGACGCGGAGCCCUUCGACGAACGCCAGCGACGCCGCGAAAGGCGACACGACGAGAAGGAAAAGCGGCCGCGACGCCAAGGAGCCGGGUCGCACCAGGGUGCCGAACUACGGCGUCGUCGGCGACCUCACCGGCCUCUGGCAGAAGCGCUCGCGCGACCACGUCGACGAGCAGCGGCUGAACCCGUUCAGCGGGGACUUCGACUUCGAGCACGCCAUGGCGGUGCGGGCGCGCAAGGGCGAGCAGGGCUACGGCCGCCCGCUGGACGGCACGGCCACGGCGGAGCGGGGCCGGCGGGCCCAGCGCCACGUGCUGCGCGAGGUGGACGAGAUGGUGCUCAUCAUCGGCGAAGUGGGCGUUCGCGGCGAAGACGGGCGCGCGCGCGUCACCUUCGGGCGCCUCUUCGAGCGCUACGUGCGCGUCUCGGACAAGGUGGUCGGCAUUCUGCUGCGUGCUCGCAAGCACGGCCACGUGCACUUCGAGGGCGAGAUGCUGUGGCAGGGGCAGGACGACGGCGUCGUGAUCACGCUGCUCGCGUGACCGAGCUCGGGGUCGGGGUCCAACUGGAGUGCCCCCGGCUGAUGGGAGCGAGUCGUGGGUCGUCUGUGUGAAGCCGCCAAGCGAACACUGGGACGGGGCCGCGUGUUUUAUAUUCACUCUGUGUGUAUUUGGAAACAGUGCUUUGUAAAAUGAUCAGGCUGACAUUCGUGUUGCUUUUCAGCUCGCCUUGACAGUAAUCUUGAUUUAGUUCAUGGUUAAUUUAAUUAAGCUAAACAAUUUAUAUUUUACCAGGUAAGGCUCAACUGAGCUACAGAGCUCCUUUUCAGAAGUGACCUGGCCACACAUGAUAGCUUAACGAAGUGGCUUAUCACGUGAAAAUGUAUAGCAGCCAAAUACUCUAAACGCACGUUGACUCGAAAUGUGGAAGGAAAAACCGGAGGACCCGGAGAAAAAUCCAUGCGACCACGGGGAGAACAUGCACACUCCAAAUAUACAGGCUGUCAGGUCGGGAUCGAUCCCACAAACUCCUGCAUAACAGGCGAGGUAGUUAACAUCUUGCCACUGUGGCGCCCAAUUUACUGAAACUGCACAAAAUACCAUUAACUGUCAAUAGUUUUGAGUUUCAUGACCCCAGACAAUUCCACAACCGUCUCUUUACGUGGCUAAGAAUGAAUUGACAACGAAUGAAACUUUAUUGCCAUUGUAAUUAUUGUAAAUUACAUACAAUAAGUAUAACAAUAUUUAACAGUACAAUUUGUAUUCAUAUAGUGUAUAAAUGAAACUGCAUUUCAAAAUGUUGUACAUAAAUUUGGGCCGUGAUUGAAUGAAUGAGUGAACGAGUCAAUGAAUGAAUGAAUGAGUGAACGAGUCAAUGAAUGAAUGAGUGAACGAGUCAAUGAAUGAAUGAGCUAUGGCCCCACUCAGGCCUCGAUGGGACUAUAAGUGUCGUCUUCAAGGGAGACAGAAAGGAAUUCAGAGAGUUGUAUUUAUUUGUCUCUUCCUAAAUUAUUUAACCUCGAACAUCCCUCGAGGUCGAACAUCUCAUUACAAGGGUGCCCAGGGUGUCAUAUGACACACGCAUUGUAAACAAAUAAAGACGCGUAGGCAAACAUCUUAAAUGUAUAAAUUAUGCAGAAUGUAUUUAUACAAUGUUGCAUUCAUUUGUAGUUGUAUGUACUUCGUAAAGUGACAUACUGAAGAAAAGUUGAAUCCCCAUACAAUUUGGAAUGCCCCGUCACUGUAAGACAGGCUUCAUGGAGCCACACACAUGUUGGCAAUUAGCUCUGGAAUGUGCCACUCUUUCUUGUGGCGGUGUUAGUGAUUGCACUUCCUAUUUUGCAGUCUCCACCACAGGCAGAACCAAUAACAUCAAUCUACUUGCUCGUUCUGUGCUGGGAAAUUUUCAUAAUACGAACUACGUCUUUCAAAUUCUGUACUCUGAAGUCUGUCAGAAUUGCAGUGUAUUUUAAUGCUGUUUUACAGAGUUAAACUGACCUUACAAGGCUACGUGUCUCUUGUCAUUGACUGUAGUUUUUGUGUGUACAAUAAAUAUGACUGUUAUUUAAUUUGACUUUUAAAAUAGUUUUUAUCAGUGUUUUGAAAGUGCCCUUCAUAACAACUUGGCCACCACCCGUUGUGGUGGUUGGGUGGGUCAGGGAUCAGAUGGUAUCACCACUGAGUUAAUCUGUCCAAAUCCAGGCAGCUACUGGUAAUUAAA